CCCUGCCGCUCCGUCUGCGAGCGGGCCAAGGCUGGGUGCUCGCCUAUCAUGCAGCAGUAUGGUUUUGCCUGGCCUGAGAGGAUGAACUGCGACAGCCUGCCAGUGCUGGGGGACACCGAGGUGCUCUGCAUGGGAUACAACAACACGGAAGCUACCACCCUGCCUCCUUUCUUCGGGAAGCCCACGCGCCCGGCCAAGGAUGUGGCCAAAAACCUGACCCCACUCGGUGGGCAGCGCCCCUCAGGGCUGGACUGCGGCAGGACUUGCAAGUGCAGAAAGCCCCUGAUCCCCAUCUCCAAGGAGUCACAUCCACUGUACAACCGCAUCAGGACUGGGCAGGUACCCAACUGUGCCAUCCCCUGCCACCAGCCCUACUUCACCCAGGAUGAAAAGACCUUCGCCACCUUCUGGAUCGGCCUCUGGUCCAUCCUCUGUUUCCUCUCCACCUCCACCACUGUUGCCACCUUCCUCAUUGACAUGGAGCGUUUCAAGUACCCAGAGCGUCCCAUCAUCUUCCUCUCUGCCUGCUACCUCUUCGUCUCUGUGGGCUACAUUGUGCGGCUGGUGGCAGGGCAUGCCAACGUGGCUUGCAACCUGGAGCACCACCAUAUUCACUAUGAGACCACAGGCCCUGCCCUCUGCACCGUGGUUUUCCUUCUCCUCUACUUUUUUGGCAUGGCCAGCUCCAUCUGGUGGGUCAUCCUUUCCCUCACCUGGUUCCUGGCAGCUGGCAUGAAGUGGGGCAACGAGGCCAUCGCUAGCUAUGCACAGUACUUCCACCUGGCCGCCUGGCUCAUCCCCAGUGCCAAAUCCAUUGCUGUACUGGCACUCAGCUCUGUAGAUGGUGACCCGGUGGCAGGGGUUUGCUACGUGGGCAACCAGAGCCUGGAGAACCUGCGGGGCUUUGUGCUAGCACCACUAGUGGUUUACCUCUUCACCGGUAGCCUCUUCCUGCUGGCUGGCUUCAUCUCACUCUUUCGCAUCCGCAGUGUGAUCAAGCAGGGUGGCACCAAGACUGACAAGCUGGAGAAGCUAAUGAUUCGUAUUGGCAUCUUCACUGUGCUCUACACCGUGCCUGCCACCAUCGUCAUCGCCUGCUACAUCUAUGAGCAGCACAACCGGGAGGCAUGGGAGCAGGCACAGAACUGCUCCUGCCCAGGGGACCCCCACCACCCCAAACCUGACUACGCCGUUUUUAUGCUGAAGUACUUCAUGUGCCUGGUGGUGGGCAUCACCUCUGGUGUCUGGAUCUGGUCUGGCAAGACACUUGAAUCCUGGAGGCGCUUCACAGCCCGCUGCUUUCGGGCCAGGAAGCCUGUGGGUGCUUCCGUGUAUGGCGAGGCCAGCCCAGCGCUGGCAGGCAGGAUGGUGGUGCCCAGCAUGGCCUCCUACCACAAGCAGGUCCCGCUGUCCCACGUGUGA